GAAUCCGACUCUCCGCGGAAUGUAGCCUCUUUUUCAUGUCACAUCCCUCAUUUCCGUGGAAGAGAGUAAAAAUGGUUCGAUUAAGACAGUUAAUACAUGUUUUUCAACUCACUGGAAUAUAUAAAACCUCAAAAUGACGUGUUUAGUACAUUUUCCAUGUUUUCAAUCCACCUGUUCACGAAUUGUUUCGCCCGGACAAAGCUGAAUGGGAGAUGUGUAUUGUCACUGAAGGUUGAUCAUCUCCGUUCUAAUGGAUGAUUCGGAAAACAUGGUCCGCGGACAGGGUGGAGGAAUUACCCCGGACGACCCCGGACACGGGCAUUUUUUCAUCAAGAAGACUUUUCACAAGCCCACUUACUGUCAUCAUUGUACCGAUAUGUUAUGGGGGCUUAUAGGGCAAGGAUUCGUCUGUGAAGUUUGUAAUUUUGUUGUCCAUGAAAGAUGUUUAAAAACAGUUGUCUCAGCUUGUUCUAGUAUUGCUACUAAUUUGAUUAAGAAUCCAGUAGCCCAUAGUUGGUCAGAAGCAGGCCAUUUUAAAAGAAAAUUUUGUAAUGUUUGUCGUAGGCGAUUGGAGGAUAGUCAAGCUAUCCGAUGUGAAAUUUGUGAAUAUUAUGCACAUGAAGACUGUUCCGAUUUCUCUGUCAGUGAUUGUAAAGAAUGUGCAACUUAUGGUCCACAUAAGGUAAAUGCUGUACAAUAUCACCACUGGAGAGAAGGGAACCUUCCAGCUAACUCAAAAUGUCUGGCUUGUAAGAAGACUUGCUGGUCAUCAGAAUGUUUGUCAGGCAUGCGAUGUGAAUGGUGUGGAGUUACGGCCCAUGCUAGCUGCUAUAGACUUCUGCCGACAGAAUGUAACUUUGGGAGUCUAAGGGAGAUAAUGCUGCCACCGAAUUGUUUAACCAUUCCUCGUAUGGAUGUUCCCAUGGAAACAGUUCUUGGAAUCAAAGGAAGGGGAGACAAACGUAAACGGUUGCAUGCUGAAAAAAUAAACAAGAUAUUGGAACCUUCAAAUUUUGAGAAGCUAUGGGAAUCUGGGGCUGGUUUUUUCUCACGGUUAACAAAAAGCGUAGGAAGGACAAUCUCCGAGGAAUGGCCCUCUAGUGGUGACACAGCUACAACCGAUGACGACGAGAGACAAGGUCCUACAAGGUCACCAAAGGAUAAAGACUCAAAAGACAAAGAAAAGGAUUUAGAAACUGAAAUAAUACGAGUUUUUGAUGGUAAUUCUUCCAUGAAGAGGAAAUUAUACAGGACAAUAUCUGUACCUAAAAAUGCUCCUGCUCAAGCUAUUUUGGAAGCAGCUUUGAAAACAUUCCACAUAUCAGAUGACCCAAAGAAUUACUAUGUAUCUGAGGCUUCUGAAUAUGGUGUCUAUUUUGCAGGUGAAAAGGAGCUAGAUAAAAACAGUCCAAUCAGAGACCAACUUCUAUCGCCAGACGGGAAGAGGCCUUCAAUUUUCCUCCGUUAUAAAGAAAGAGACCCAAAUAAAGGUGUUAUCAAGGUGUACCCAGGUGGUGUGAGAGGCACAUCUGGAUACAAGAAUAUUGAAGUAACCAAAGAUACCACAACAGAGGAAGUUAUACAGCUAGCACUGAGGAAAUUUGGAUUCAGUGAUGAUAUUCAUGACAACCCAGAAAAUUUCAGUUUAAUAGAAGUAUCACUAGAUAAAGGAGUAACAGAGAGAAUGUUAGACAUGAGUGAAAAACCAUGGCAACUGAUGCAGGAAAGUCGAAAGGAAUCUUUACGGCAGAACAGAAUGACUCGAUUUUACCUUCAACAAAAAGAAGAUCCGCAUGGACCAAGGAUUUCUUUGUUUGUGGGAAACCUACCUACUGGUUUAGCACAACGCCAGUAUGAAAAAAUAUUACUGGAUGUAAUUGGUCCAGGAAAUAAGUGGCAAGCAGUAGAUGUAAUAUAUUAUGAGUAUGGUGCCCUGGUAUUAGUGUAUACCACUUCAGAGAAAGCUAACGCAGUUUUUAAUUCUUUACAAGAUGCUGUGUUUGACGACAAACAGUUACUUGUUUUGUUACUUCCAAACAUUCAGUCACAGAUGAUUCCUGAUAGCACCAACCCUUUGUUAGUUUUUGUAAAUGUGAAAAGUGGUGGUUGCCAAGGAAGUGAGCUCAUUACGUCCUUUCGCAAGCUUCUCAAUCCUCAUCAAGUUUUUAAUUUAGAAAAUGGUGGUCCUUUACCAGGGUUGUAUGUCUUUCGAAAUAUUCCUUAUUACAAGAUUUUAGCAUGUGGUGGUGAUGGGACAGUAGGCUGGGUUUUAUCCUGUUUAGAUAAUGUUGGACAGGAUGCAGUUUGCCAGUCGCCUCCCUUAGCUAUUGUUCCACUGGGGACAGGUAAUGAUCUGGCACGUGUACUGAGAUGGGGACCAGGUUACGGCGGUGGAGAAGAUCCAUUAAAUGUGUUACGUGAUGUGAUAGAUGCUGAUGAAAUCAAAUUAGAUCGGUGGACUGUGAUUUUCCAUCCAAAUGAGAAAGAGCAAGAUGAGACCAAAAUAGCUAUAGAUCAUGACACGAACUGUCCUAACACUAAUGAGGACACCACAACCAUAUUUGUAAUGAAUAAUUAUUUUGGAAUCGGCAUUGACGCUGAAGUUUGUUUGGACUUCCAUAAUGCAAGGGAAGGGAAACCAGAUAAAUUUAAUAGUAGAUUUCAUAAUAAAGGUGUAUAUGUUAAAAUUGGUUUACGAAAAAUGAUAAAUAGACGCUCCCUAGUACGAGAUUUACAUCGGUAUAUUAAGGUCGAAGUUGACGGAAAACCUAUAGACCUGCCACCUGUAGAAGGACUUAUUAUAUUAAAUAUACUCAGUUGGGGAUCAGGAUCCAAUCCAUGGGGGCCAGAAAGAGAGGACCAAUUUGCCAAGCCUACACAUUAUGAUGGCAUGCUUGAAAUUGUUGGAGUGACAGGCGUCGUCCAUAUGGGUCAGAUACAUAGUGGUUUACGCACUGGUAUACGGAUAGCCCAGGGAGGCCAUCUAAGAAUAACAUUAUUAAGUGAUCUUCCUGUACACGUAGACGGUGAACCAUGGAUACAACCUGCAGGUCAAGUUGUAGUUCUUAGAUCAGCAUUAAAGGCAACAAUGUUAAAAAAGAGUAAGAAUAAAAUAAAGAGACGAAACACAGAACCUAGUAUAUUUUUUCCUGACAAUGAACCAUUACAACUUCAGUCCCCUAGUGAUGAAACCGAACCACUUUAACAUUGUAAGACAUUUAGGUUGUAGUGAAUUGAAAUCCAUUUAUGAGUCGACAGGAAACCAUUCAAGAUGUUGGACUGGUGUCCUGGUGAUGAUUCCAGAGUCUACACUGGCUUGACUCAUGCAGAUUGAAUGGUGUUUACCCUCUUAUAGAAACUGACUUAGAAUGUUCUUAAAUUUGUGAUCGAGUGAUAAUUAGGUUAGGGUUGUGUGUGUGUGGGUGGGUGCGUGUACUAAAUGUAAGUUAUGUGUGCAUGUGGUUUAUUUAUAGAAAAUCUUGUUUCUAUGGAAACAGGAGACAAAGGGAGGUAAUCUGUUCACGUUUAUAUUAGAAAUAGGUAGCAUUCAAGUUUACUUAAUGUUAUGAAAGCUCUUUAUGUUUUUAUUUGCACUCGUCAAGAUUUUCUUGAUGAUUUGAAGAAUAAAAAUAAUAGAAGAAAGAUCAUUUAUCCAGUUACUGGUAGAAUUGUUGUAUGUCUGUUUAAAUAAGGUUAUGUUUGUUAGCAUGCUUUACUUCAUAAACGAUGGGAAAUUCUAAAUAUUCUGAUGUCUAAAAUCUUUCUUUUUAUCAUUCUAGUUAUUCCCCUUUAUUCAGACAUUGUCUUAAAAAUUCUAAAUAUUCAGAUAUUAAAGGGGAUCUCUCUGUCAUUUUAGAUAUUCCCCUUUAGACACGCCUUUAUUGAGACAUUGUCUUAAUAAUUCUAAACAUUCAGAUUUAAAAAUCUUUCUUUUAGUCAUUUUAGGUUAUUCCCCUUUAGUCACACAUUGUCAUAAGAUUUUAAGAAUUUCAUAUACUCUUUCUGUUUCUUAAAAUCUGAAAAUUUUAAGAAUUUCAUAUACUCUUUCUGUUUCUUAAAAUCUGAAAAUUUUAAGAAUUUCAUAUACUCUUUCUGUUUCUUAAAAUCUGAAAAAUCCAAAGAAUUACUUUGUAUGUCCCAUUUCUAUUUCUAAAAAUCCAAAGAAUUUCUAACUUAAUAUAUGUCCCUUUUCUUUUUCCUUUAAUCCAAAGAAUUACUUUAUAAUUGUAUGUUCUCUUUCUUUUUCCUAAAAUCUCAAGAAUUUCUAUCUGAGUUGUCUUUCUUUGUCAUUUAAUCUAAUAUAUGACAUAUUUAUAUCAGUAAAUAGAUAAAAUUAAAAAAAAAGACGUAUCAGGAACGAUUUCAUCGGAUGUUAAUUUAUGUCAGGGUUGUAUUUAUUUAUCCAUUACAUAUCUUUUAUUUACAUUUUUGUUUUAGUUACAAUGGAAUUAUUUUACACCUUAUCUGUUGACAGAUAACAUGAGGCAUUACAAUUAAUUUACCAUAUCAAGGUGAUUUACUGUGGAUUCAUUAAUAUUCGUUGGAUACCAAUUUUCGUGGAUUUCGUAGAUACAGGAGAACCACGAAUUCCAAUGUUCAACGAAGAACAAAUUUUCUAAAGGAAUGAGUGUAGACUUUGCCAAAACCACGAAAAGAAAUAUCCACGAAUAUGUCAAUUUUCCUCAAACCACGAAAAUUGGUACCCACGAAAAUAUAUGAAUCCACAGUAACCAAAUACCAUAUCUGAUAUUACAAAUAUAAUUGUCUUCUGCUUAAUACUUGUAUUAAUUAUUUCAGGUUUACUUAAAUUUUUUUACACCCCACCUAAAACACAAAAAUAAACCCAUUAGGAGCUGGUUUGGUCCUAGAAAUGGGAUAUUUAUACACCAAGAAACUAAUCUUUUGAGCACAGUAUUGAAUACACCUGAUCACUAUUUGUCCGCUUUUACUGGAAAACACAAAGUUUCCUGUAAAAUUUUGACGUCAUAAUACAAAAUAUAUGAUACCACAAUGAAAAAUUGAUUGUUAUUUGACAUCAAUAGUUCAAGCAGGGCAGAUUCUAGGGUCAACAGAAUAGAUUCUCAGGUCAACCGGGACAGUUUUCAUAUAGUGAUAAGAUGUAUUAUUAAGGGAUGAUGGAUGCUUAUAAGAUCAGAUAUGGUAGUUGGUGAUUCAAUAUUUUAUUUAUUCGAUCCUUAUGUGAAGUAUUCAUACAUGAUGCUCUUAACUUAAGGCUCUGUUGACACUCAUAGUGUAUAUUAUGUGAUUUGUUUAAGGUUGUUUUCACAAUUGUUUCUCUAAAGAAACAUAUAAUUUUAGUAUACAGUUAUUUUAAAUUUUAGCAUGAACUCUUAUAAAAGAUUUUCUACCAGUUACAUUUUCUGCUUAAUAGAUGAUAAAAUAAAUGAUGAAAAUCAUUUUCGGACAUACCCUGAAAUCGGCAAGAAAGUUUGAAAUAAAGAAAGGACAUCUCUCUGUUUUUUUUGUACUCACAUUCAAUCAGACUCUAGUAGUCUGAACAAUAUGGCAGAGUUAGUGCAAUGCAUAGGUGUAAACUUUUUAAACCUAAAGAAACAAUUAUCCGUGUGAAACAUAUUUUUAUAUUAAUUACAUCAUCAUCUCUUUUUAAGUCACAUUUGUUGUUUAAAAGGUAGACUGUACUGCAAGGAAGUACUAACAUUAUUUAGAUAUAUUUCAUGACCCCAAACCACAAGUUUUUGAAACUCUGAAGAAUAUAACAUAUUGAAACAUAAUAGGUUAUAAAUUCUUAAGACCAUCCUUUGUAAUUUCUUUUUUCACCGAUACCAAAAAAUCUUUCCAAAUUUUGUAUUUUAAUAUUUUUGAGAACUUUAAUCUUUAAUACCAAAAAAUGAAUGAUAGAUUUUGUAAUAUUAUGGAAAAGUUUUUCAAGGUUUGUAUAAUUAUAUACUAUAAAAUAUAUUUUUUAUUAUUCAAAGAUUCAUGUUUAAAUUGGCUUUAAAUAAUUUUUCUAUUACUAAAAGCCCAGAAAAAGACCAUGUAUAAACGUUGGCAAUGUUUAAGCUUCUGAGACAACCAUAAAAAUCUAAAUCUGACAGAAUGGAAAAUUUUGGUCAGAAGAAGAGGGCUGAUGUUGAAAUCUUUAAAUGACCAAAGGGGGUGAACCAUAUAUACUGAAAUUAAGCAAAUCAUUAUCUUUGCCAACAAGGGGAAUAAUGGAGAAAAUAUUUUACUAGCAAUGUUUUGAUAUAAAGAAUUUUUGUUUAGAAAUGGAGUACAAAUCUAAUAUUAGAAUAAGGGGCUUUUAUAGGGAGAAGUUAUUUUUAGAUUUACUCAUAAUAGAUAUAAUUUUCUAUGUGUAUUCUGUGUAUGAGUGUUUAUAAUGAGAUAUUAAUUGUAUAUUAUUGGUGUGUGUGAGGGUGGGUGUGUGCUGUACAAUUGUUUAACUUUUUUUGCCAUAAUGACAAGUGAAUAUUUUUUUGAGGAGUAUCUUUUUUUUCAAAUAAUGUGAUUCCUCUUAAAAAAUUGAAAUGUAUGUAUGUAAUAGAUUUGUGAAAAGAAGUCUUUGUAAAUAUUAAUUUAAUUUGUCAUAUUCUUAACGUCUCCUUUCCAAUUGCAGUCAUGUGAGCACAUGUGUAAUCGGUAGGUGAAAUAUGCUAGUUGAACCUAUAAAUAAAGGUCACCCUGUGGCCCCCCUGGGGACCAGAGAAAUUGGACCUUAGAGAAAUGGUACAGUCAAUUUAUAUAUAAAUGCCACCCUCUGGACCAGAAAAAUGAGACCUUAGAGAAAACACAACCUUUGAAUUGAAAUUCAAAAUGUUUAGCUUUUUACAACCUAUAAAUAAAGGUCACCCAGUGGACCCCAAUGAGACCAGAGAAAACGGACCUAAUAAAAGAGAAGAUUUUUUAAUUGAAGUUUAAAAUGUUUAGCUUUUACUACAGUUGGGGAAAAAAGAAAGGGGUCUGACGGGCUGGUUCAAAAGGUGACUUUAAUAAGUGGUUAGACUACUAACUAAGGUAAAUAUCCCUUUCCUCCUUUUAUUCAGAAAACUUCAUAUUUAUAAGGUAUUCAUACAAACUUUGAUAAGAGUAAAUACAGAUUCAGAUUAUUCAUGUUUUUUAAAAACUUUACAUUUGGAAUAUAAUUAGUAUCAAGCUAAUUGAUUUUAAUGGAAUAAUGCCAUGUUCAAUUUCUUUAAAAUGUAGUAUAUUUUCAAAGUUGUCAAAUACUAUUCAGAGUGUACCUAUUAAAGAAUAUACCCAUGAAGUUUGAAAAUAUUGAAUACAAUUCACAAUAUUUUAAGAUAUGUUUUAAAAACUGCCCAUUAACAUGCAAACUUAGUAGUAUUAUAAAAGAACAAACUCUUAAUCUUGGAUAAAAUUGAAUCCCUAUUUAGAAAAAUGUAGAUGAAUUAAACUAUUGGUGUUUAUAUAAAAGUAGGAUAUGUGGAAAGUGUUUAGUGGUGGAUCCAGAAUUUUUCACUGACAAAGGGGGAGGGACUUCACCUGGGUUAGUCUUCUUCACUGGCUAUCUUGAUAAGUUCAUUGCUUUCAGAUUGUUAUUGGCAGACAGCCUUUUACAAGAAUAUUACUGGUAAAUCUUUUUUCACCAAUCUGACUUCGUUCAAACUUUAUAACAUUCAUAAAUAAAUCAUUUUAACUAUCAUAUGAUUAAUUAAGAGAAGUCCUAAUACUUUAAUAUUUAAAUAAAAGAUAAUUUAAAUGUAAGUGUCGAGAGAAAAUUCAGACUAAGAUGUUGUCAAGACAUGAAAUCCGACACAAUGUUAAUGUCAAAAUUCGUAAAUUCUAUUAUACCAAUGUAGAUAAAAUGGUACUGGCAAGACAUAAAUUUAGAAUACAAUGUUAAUUAAUGUCAAGACUGAAUUUUUUUUUUACUCGGGGAAAAAAUCUCCAAUCAUAAUAGUUAUACGAAUAAGCAACUAAUACUGUAUUAAGAAGUACAUGAAUGUUUAAGUAUCUAAUCACAGCUUUCACCUACUGUUUAAAUUACCCUCUGGAAUCUUUCUCCACUCUUUUCUUCGCCUACCGUUACACUGUGCUCUAUAUCAACAUUUGUAGUGUAUUGUUUCACUCAGUCUCACUGGUUGAGGCAAAUUAUCAAGAAAAUGUACAACAAAUUAGCGUUGAGACGUUGAGUAUUUUGUAGGAUCAGCUGUGAGAUGUAAUUUAUCUAGAAUUAAACUUGAUUACUUCCAUUAAAAUAACAAAUUGGAACUAG